AAUUUACACAUGUGGAGUAUCGAAAUCAUUUUAAAAAGUGAAAGUUUAUCGUACAUCUGAAAUCAACAUCUGUAUCGAACGGAAUUUAGACUUCACUUUGACUGACAAUUACUGAACCCGGUGCAGUCUUCAAAAUUGGCCUCAGUUUAUCUGUCAUUUCACUCUAAACACAAAGUUGCAGUUGAACAUUGUACGCUUACCUCAAGUGAGAUUCAUUCAUAGUGCCUCUCUUAUUUAAUUAUACCAAAAUAAUAGUUUGAAGACACUGGUUUUGCCGUUUAGUUUAAUUGCUUUCCACAUUCACUGUCUUGCUUAUUCACUUAUUAUUUCACCACAAUGCUAUGCUUUCAUGUAGAGUGCCUUUUUAUUUCUUCUACUGACAUGUGUUCUGUCAGAUGUUUGGUUCAACAUGCAGUUUACCUAUUUUAUUUGUAGAAUAUUUUAGUGAACAGUUUAACAAGAUACCUACUUACUUGUGUUAAUUUGACUUCAUCCCAAUGCAUCUUAGACUCUUGAAAACAAUUAUAACAAAAAAAUCUGUUAAUAGUUUAGCCCACAGUCAUAUCACCACAACCCCUUUGAGUUUAUUGUCCAAGCUAUUCUUGCUUUCCUCAAAUUACAGUUUAUUUUAUUUUUAAAUUCCUGUUGUUCAAUUACUUUAUUUCAUAAUGUUGCGCUGUGUGAAACGCAAAACUAGUAAAAGUAGGACACCAACACCAGGUGGUACAAACGAAAGAGGUUGUUCAACAUUACCACGAAUGGGUCAUCGAUCAGACAGUGACGAAAAUAUUUCAGAAAAGCCAUCAUCAUCUUCCAGACCAACAAGAUGGACAAUGGAAAAAAAGUCAGCCACUUUAACAGCUGGUUGCACAUUAUCUUCUGGGAAUGAGACGAAAACAAAAAGCAAAACUCUCACAUUUCUACGCACGUUGUCUCUGGGUUCCUUAUUCUCGCCAUCAAGGAGACGUCGCAAAGAUGACUCUACUACUGCUUAUUCUUCAGGUCUAAUGUCUCCUGACGUAGAAUUACAAACAUUUUCUAACGAUUCUCAGCCGAAUAUCCAACGGGGACAAGACGAAACUGAUCUAAGUCCGUCUGAAGGAGCUCUAACACCAACUGCGGAAGAAACUUAUCAACCUCAGUCUAAACAAAGUCGCAAACAAGAAUUGUUUUUGGAAAAAUUAACGAAAGAAGCCUUCAGUUUUUCAAGGGAUGACAAAAACAAAACACCAACUGAUGAAAAUGCAAAUAUUCUAUCAGAUGGAAAACACUUCCACAGACAUUUAGAUGAUCAGCAUGAUUCAGGUAGAAGUUCUACCAGAGAAUCAGCAGAGGUUUCUGUAGCGUCGGACAGAUCAAAAAGAAAAGCCCCCACGAGUGGGGUUCCUAAUGAACCAGAGAAACAAUCAGUAGCAGUGCACAAAAUUGCUCCUAUUGCAGUAGAUUUGAAACAGGCUGAAGCAAACCAAAGUUUCCUUCGUGCAGCCAGAGCAGGAAAUUUGCCAAAAGUACUUGAGUUGCUCAAUACAGUAACAGAUAUCGAUGUAGCAAAUAACAAUGGAUUGAAUGCACUACAUUUAGCCUCUAAAGAAGGGAGAACUGAUGUCGUACGCGAACUUUUAUCACAUGGUGCAUCAGUACACUUAAUAACUAAAAAAGGUAAUACCGCUCUGCAUAUAGCCAGUUUGGCGGGCCAUUUAGAUAUUGUAAAGCUUUUAAUCGAUUGUGGUGCUGAUGUCAAUGCUCAGUCCCAGAACGGGUUUACACCACUUUAUAUGUCGGCUCAGGAAAAUCAUGUUGAAGUAGUUCAGUUACUCUUGGACAAAUCUGCUAACCAGGCUUUAUCGACGGAGGAUGGUUUCACUCCACUGGCAGUGGCAUUGCAACAAGGUCAUGAUCGUGUGGUAAGCCUGUUACUGGAAAGAGAUUCCCGUGGAAAAAGUCGCCUACCUGCCUUACACAUUGCAGCCAAGAAAGAUGACGUACAUGCUGCUAAUUUGCUUCUCAGUAACACUGAAAUUAAUGUGGAUCAUACAUCAGCUAGUGGAUUUACGCCUUUACACAUUGCAGCUCACUACGGAAAUGUUAACAUAGCACGACUAUUAAUAGAAAGGGGUGCAAAUAUUAAUUACCAAGCAAAAAAUUGCAUAACACCAUUACAUGUAGCUGCAAAAUGGGGUAAAAAUGAUGUCGUCAACGAACUGAUUCAAGCUGGGGCCGAAGUGAAUUCUCGAACUCGUGAUGGAUUAACACCAUUACAUUGUGCAGCACGUGCUGGUCACACUAGUACUGUGGAGUGUUUACUGAAACACGGAGGUGAUGUAUCGGUGAAGACAAAGAAUGAUUUAACACCAUUACAUAUGGCUGCACAAGGUGACCACGAACAAGCUACUCGCUUAUUAUUGGAGAGUGGAUCUAAUCCGAAUGAUGUUACUAUCGAUUAUCUUACACCUUUACACGUUGCAGCUCAUUGUGGGAAUGUGAAUGUUGCACGAACCUUACUGAAUUCACACUGUGAUGUUAAUGCGAAAGCUUUGAAUGGAUUCACUGCGCUUCAUAUUGCAUGCAAGAAGUCAAGAGUUGAAAUGGCCUCACUACUUUUGAAACAUGGAGCUCUUCUUGAAGCUGCUACAGAGACCGGAUUGACACCGUUACAUGUUGCUUCAUUUGUCGGUUGCGGAGAUAUUGUUUCCUUCCUUUUACAACAUGGUACAAAUGUGAACCAAACAACUUUGCGUAAUGAAACUGCAUUACACUUAGCGGUUAGAAAUCGACAACUGGAGACAGUCAAAAUACUACUUGGAUAUCAAGCAAAUUUAGAUUGCCGCACAAGAGAUAACCAAACACCUCUACAUGUAGCUGUACGCACAAAUUACUCUCCAAUAGUUGAAUUAUUGCUAAAAGCUGGUGCUGAUAUUAAUAUAAUGACCAAAGAUAACUAUUCGGCACUGCAUAUUGCUACUAAAGAAGACUCACAAGAUAUUGUUCAGAUGUUAAUUGAACAUGGAGCUAAUACAGAGGUGAAAACAAAGAAAGGAUUUACGCCGUUACAUUUAGCAGCAAAAUAUGGCUCAAGCAGGAUAACUGACCUGUUGCUAAACAAUGCCAAGUCUGAUCCAAAUGCAUCUGGUUGUAAUGGUUUCACACCUGUACAUGUAGCAACGUACUAUAAUAAUAAUCAGGUACUAAAGAAACUGAUCGAAUGUGGAGGAGAUGUUAAUCGACCUGUAAGAAAUGGUUUUACCCCUCUGCACUUAGCAGCUAAACGGAACAAUUUAGACUCAGUUCGUUUGUUAGCAUCUAAAGGUGCUGUGAUUGACAAAGGAUCAAGAAGUGGGUACACUCCACUUCAUUUGGCUUCACAAGAUGGUCAAAUAGAGAUAGUUAAACUUCUUGUUGAAGAAUAUAAAGCUCAGGUAGACUGUGCAGCCAAGGAUGGGUUAACUCCACUGCAUUUGGCAGUACAAGAAGACAAAGUGAAUGUGUCUGAAUAUCUCUUGAAUUCAGGUGCAUCCAUAGACACAAAGACCUUAGAAGCAGGGUUUACACCAUUACACUCGGCUGCAUACAGGGGACAGUUGGCUUCUCUUCGUUUACUUCUUACACGGAUAUCUGAAAAAGAACUUCCACAGGUGAUUAACAGUCGUACUCAUCUAGGAUCAACACCACUACAUUUAGCAGCACAACAAGGUCAUCUUCAAGUAGCAUUAAAACUAAUUCAAAUGGGAGCUGAUCAAAACUGUCGAAAUAAGCAAGGAUGGACAGCGGCACAGCUAGCACACAAGCAACAUUAUCUAAAUUUGUUUGAGACACUGCAAGCAAUCACAACUGAUGUCAGCGACUGGGCAGUGUCGAAUGUGAACGGAACAGACGUUGACGGUCAUGCAGAUGGUGAUACGAACUUAAUCAAUGGAACAGUAGUCUUAGAGAAAGCGGAGCAUAUGACUGAUCAUUUAAUUUCAGACAGUGAAGAAGAAGGUGCUGAAAUUUUGUCUACACCAGCCAUGUUUCGAUAUCCAGAGAAAAGUAAACAAAAGCUGGAUGGCACAGAAGACAACUGGUUGCGAACAGGUUCAUAUGACCUAUUAUGUAAUCAACUUGAGUAUAUGCGCGCCAGUACUGGAGAACAUGAUCUAACAAGACUUCCGGGCACGUCAACACUGUAUGCAAAAGGUAUUUCACUUCGUCCAAAAACACUGAAUAUUUCUGGACAAGGUCCUGUCGUUUCGGUAGAUGAAACUGUUCGUUCAAGUCUUCAUGACAGCUUGAUAGAAGAACGUGUUGAGCCAUUGUUGAGUAAAAAAACUGAAACAAUUUCAACAUCACAAAAACUAGCUGGCCUACCAAUGACUACGCCUUCACCUACUACUCUCUCAGAAUGGGAUUUCGAUGUCGAUAACGUUCAUUCAGUAAGAAAGCCAGUUAAAUCAGGGUUCCUUAUUUCUUUCCUCAUCGAUGCUCGUGGUGGUCUAGUUGAAGCUCAGAGGCGACCUGAUUUACGAUUUCUUGUACCCCCAAAUGCACCCACUGGACCAUUACGCAUAAUAUGUCGUCUUCUCCGUCCGGGAAUUAUUAAUAAUCCACCAGGUUUGAACGACGGUGAUUGUCUAGCUUGCCGGAUCAUUGAAAUGAGUCCAUACCAAAUGCGUUUCUCUCUGCCUAUUCUUAUUGAAGUGCCACACAUAGUUUCAGGUAGAGGAAGAGAACGUGAAAUUAUAAUUAUUCGUAGUGAAACGGGAAAUUCUUGGAAAGAGCACACACUAGAAGCAACAGAACAAGCGAUUCAUGACUCCUUGGGGGAUGCAUUCGACCACUCUGACUUGAACAACGCAACUCUUAAUAAACGUAUCCACCGAAUUUUGACGUACGACUUUCCUCAAUAUUUCGCUUUAAUCUCAAGAUUUCGUCAAGAAGUGGCGUAUAUAGGUUCCGAUGGCGGGCUGAUUAGUUCCACUGUGGUACCACAAGUCCAAGCAGUAUUUCCCCCCGGAUCACUUCAAAAAAGGAUAAAAGUCGGCCUACAAGCUCAACCUAUUUCUUCUGAUAUCGUCAACCGUAUGGCAGGUUGUCGUGUUUCCGUAUCUCCCAUUGUAACAAUCGAACCUAGAAGACGGAAGUUUCAUAAACCUAUCACAUUAACAAUACCGGUUCCACGCACCACAAGCAAACCAUGUCCAGACGCAGCUGCCGUUUCGUCGAAAAUUCGGCUCCUCUGCAGUUUAUCUGGUGGGACAAAUCCUGCAGUAUGGGAAGAUAUCACUGGAUCUACACCGAUGACGCGUCAUAAAGACUGUGUGUCAUUCACUACAACGGUUUCAGCAAGAUUGUGGUUGAUAGAUUGUCCCAAUAAUGUAUCAGUAAAAGAGAUGGCAACUCGAAUUUAUAGUGAAAGCAUUGAACCACCGAUUUUGGGUAGAUUCGUUAUAUAUGCCCGUCAUUCAACCGAUUUGAAAGCAGCAAUCAAACCGGAAACACCGGAAACUCAAUCAAGACAUUUAUCAAAUGCACAGGACGUGCGCAGAAGUAUCCCACUAGUAAGACGUUCGGCAACUGAAUUCGCUCAAAUUAGAUGUAUUUGCCUAACAGAUGACACAGAAGAUAAAACUUUGGAGUGUUUGGAACACUACUAUCAAGUUGCGAUUGGACCGUUUGUAGAGAUACAACAAAACAAACCGGUCUGGAUUGAAAUGGUUGGAAAUUUAGUACCAGUAUUAAAAUCUGGUGAACAGCUAAACUUUACCAUCCGACCAUUUUAUGAAAAUCGCAUUACUUUUCCUGUUCGUCUCCGGGACAUACCAGAUCUGGAACCGGAUAUAAACAUGGUCACUGGGAAAAUUGCAUUUAUGCGUGAAGCACGUAAUGUUCAAACCACAAUAGAUAUGACAAAUAUACAACCACAACGUCCAAUUACUGUGCUGGAGUUUAAAUUACCUGGUCCAGACCAAACGUUAGUAUUACCAACUAAAGAGCUCGACGUAAUUGGACGUUCUGAAUUGGAUCACCAAAAGUUGGCCCUUGAAAUUGGUAAAGACUGGAGACGACUGGCACCAGUUCUUGGAUUUUCUGAACAAGAUAUCAAAAUGAUAGAUAGGAUUUCGCCAGAUCUUCAUUCAGCCACCAAUGAAUUUGAUAUUGAGAACCAACGAGCUGAAAAUCUGCUUGCCCUAUGGAAACAUAGAGCAGCAGCAUCAGGUCUAACAGACAAAGAUGCGUUAGGCAAUCAUUUAGCUGACGCGCUCAUUAAAAUCAAUCGAUCUGAUACUAUUCAUCCAAGUAUGACUGAAAUACGUACAGUAACAGCAGAGGAAGAAAUAGCCACAGCAAACGGGAUCCUGGAGAAACGAACCACUUUGCCUGUAGUUGUUGAAGAAACUGUUUCUCAUGCCAAACUAUCCAAGAUAACUACUCAUGCAGGGUAUGAAACACCAGAUUUUUCAGCAGAUAUGAAAAACCAGGAAGUCAAAGAUAUUAGAGAACAAGAAACAGAGGCUGUUUUGUCUUGGUCUGAGAAUGCAUUUCUUUCAUCCGAUGAGGGUGUUUCAACAAUUUCGGUUUCUGGUACAACAGAUGGCAUUCAAAAACCAGAAGCAACUUUUUCUCAGCCUCUAUGCCAGGCUGAAGUAACAGACCAAGAAAAACUCCCCCUCAAUAUGAAAACGCUUCCAACCACUUCGACGUCAGUGGUUCGCCAGGCUGGAACCAUUGAAGCUGGCAUCUUACCUGAAAUGAAACCAGAACUUGGAGGAAGAACACCGGAGUACAAUAAAGAUGUCUCCCGUGCAAAAACACUUGUUAAUUGGCAAGAGGCUUUGUUAGCUCAAUUAGAAUCAGUCGGUAUUCGCAUGGAACCGUUAACUAAGCCGAGUCAAGUAGCAGUGCAGGAAAAUGAAGGAGCAGUUGACACCAUGGAAGAAGUUUUCAUAAAGCCAAUAAGUCAACGUGUUGACCAAAAGUUUCUUCCAAAAGACAGAAAUGAGAUAGAGUAUUCUGUACAGGAGUUGGUUGAAGCACUUGGAAAACAAGUUGACGAUGUAGCUUCAGUGGAGCAAAUACCAGUGAGUGAUUCGGCUGCAAUAACAGAAGACAUAAUUGAACCGGUCACAUAUGAUCGUGAAAAUAGAAUCGCAUCAUUGGCGGUAGAACAUUCAGUUCUAUCUCACUCACCGGCUGUAUCUACUGCAGACAUUCCAAUGAACGAUACGGAAAUGAAUAAAUUUGGCACUUCAGUUUCUCAUAUUACACAGGGGUCACCUACUAAAAGAUAUAUGCCGCAUGACGACUUACAAUCACAUGACAGUACUAAUGAAUUACAAAAAACGGAUGAAUAUCUUGAAGAACAACCAUCAUCUGCAACUGUAAGAAAAGAAGAAAGGUUUGAACAUGAAGAAGAUUUGAGUUCAGAAUUGCACAUCCCGUCCUUAGAAAACCUUCUGGAUGAUGAGUCUUUCGAGAAUGUCUAUCGGAAAGCACUACUAGUGGAUACUAGUCAACAGAGUAGCUACAUUCAAGAUGCCAAACCUACAUUGGAUGAAAUAGCUACUACUGGACUGCAAUCAGAAGUUUCACCUUCCCAUGUACUUCAUACAGAUUCGGCCAUUCCAGAUAUAGUACAGCGAAUCCCGAAAGAAUCACAUGAAUUUGAGGAGAUUGAAGAAAUUCUACCUGAUGGUACCAUAGUUACCAAGCGCACAGAAUCUGAGGAAACUACAUUAUCUGUUACUCCAGAUGAAUGGGAGCAGGGUGUACAAUCUGCAAUUGAUUCUGGAGAGUAUAUGGUUGAAAAACCCGAGGAGAUUACAGAAGUGGAACAGUUCGAUGAAACUCUACCUGAUGGAACUGUAAUCACUAGGUUGAUUACAACAAAACGCGUGGUGGAUCGAGUCUUUGAACGUUCUGUUUCAGAAGAACAGUCAGUACCAUCUGAUUCUAACGAACAGUUAUAUGUGGGGACAAGUUCAUUGAUGCCAGAACUCCCAAUGACAGAUGAUCAGUAUGCGUAUCACGAUAAUGAACCUGAAUCUAUAUUACCACUGGAAAUUUCGUCAGAAUUAAUAUGCGAUACAAAACCAGAUAGCACAGUUAUUACGAAUACCCUAUCCAUAAUCGAAUCUAACCUUAACAACCAAUUGGAAAAUGUUCAACAAAUAAAACAUUUAGAUAGAGACACUGAACAAACAACACGAAAGCAAGUGUUUGAAGAUAAAGAAAGUGCUCAAAUGAAGAGACAACCAGAAAGAAAUCUAUAUCAUGCCACAUUAGAACAAGAGAUAAACAACCUUACUGAAGUGCAAUAUGGAAACGAAUCAGAUAAUAAAACAAGAAAAUUGGCAGUCAUUGGAUCGGAAUCAAAAGACCUGGAAGAAAUUGAUGGCGGAGCUAUACAUAGUAUGCACACAAAAGACAGCGUCGGAAAACGAAAUAAAGAUCACACAGCGACACUACAAAUCAAAACAGAAGAAGAUAGAAUUAACAGAAAAGACGUUACAACAAAAUCUCAACCAGAAAUACACGAUGCGGAAGAGGAAAGUCACAUAUUCAAGAAAGAAAUAAAAACAGAGCAAACAAAAAUUAUUAAACAAAAUGAAUAUACAAACAAUCAAACAAAACACACUGAAAUAACCAAAGAAAAUUAUGAAGACGGGCCACAGAAAAUCAAAACACAAGAGGAAAAAUGGAAAAAUGAAACAUGGAAAAACUACGAAGAAAAUCAAAGCAACAAGAAACAAGAAAACAAAAACAAAUAUGAAGAACAGGACAGAAACAAACAACAAGGAGAUGCAGCAGUUGAAGUGGAAGUGGAAGCUGGGUCGGCUGUGCAAGUGUCAGGUGAAUCAUUGGGGCAAGUUGAAUGGGAAGCAGAAAGUGAAGCGGCUGCACACGUUCAGUGGGAAGGUGUGUCUGUCAUCGCGCCAGUGGGAUCGGAGUCUGAGGCGAUUUCAGAAACUGCAGGGGAAGGCGAAUCUGAGCGAUUGGCUGAGCGUGUGAGUGAGAUGGAGACGGAAUAUGCUGAAUUAGUUGGUGAAGGCGUAGUUGAUGAGAGGGAAGCGGAGGCGUCAGCGGAGGCGGUGGUGGCAGCUGAAGCAGAAGCUGAAGCUGAGGUGGAACUGGAAGUGGAAGCUGAGUCGGCUGUGCAAGUGUCAGGUGAAUCAUUGGGGCAAGUUGAAUGGGAAGCAGAAAGUGAAGCGGCUGCACACGUUCAGUGGGAAGGUGUGUCUGUCAUCGCGCCAGUGGGAUCGGAGUCUGAGGCGAUUUCAGAGACUGCAGGGGAAGGCGAAUCUGAGCGAUUGGCUGAGCGUGUGAGUGAGAUGGAGACGGAAUAUGCUGAAUUAGUUGGUGAAGGCGUAGUUGAUGAGAGGGAAGCGGAGGCGUCAGCGGAGGCGGUGGUGGCAGCUGAAGCAGAAGCUGAAGCUGAGGUGGAACUGGAAGUGGAAGCUGAGUCGGCUGUGCAAGUGUCAGGUGAAUCAUUGGGGCAAGUUGAAUGGGAAGCAGAAAGUGAAGCGGCUGCACACGUUCAGUGGGAAGGUGUGUCUGUCAUCGCGCCAGUGGGAUCGGAGUCUGAGGCGAUUUCAGAGACUGCAGGGGAAGGCGAAUCUGAGCGAUUGGCUGAGCGUGUGAGUGAGAUGGAGACGGAAUAUGCUGAAUUAGUUGGUGAAGGCGUAGUUGAUGAGAGGGAAGCGGAGGCGUCAGCGGAGGCGGUGGUGGCAGCUGAAGCAGAAGCUGAAGCUGAGGUGGAACUGGAAGUGGAAGCUGAGUCGGCUGUGCAAGUGUCAGGUGAAUCAUUGGGGCAAGUUGAAUGGGAAGCAGAAAGUGAAGCGGCUGCACACGUUCAGUGGGAAGGUGUGUCUGUCAUCGCGCCAGUGGGAUCGGAGUCUGAGGCGAUUUCAGAGACUGCAGGGGAAGGCGAAUCUGAGCGAUUGGCUGAGCGUGUGAGUGAGAUGGAGACGGAAUAUGCUGAAUUAGUUGGUGAAGGCGUAGUUGAUGAGAGGGAAGCGGAGGCGUCAGCGGAGGCGGUGGUGGCAGCUGAAGCAGAAGCUGAAGCUGAGGUGGAACUGGAAGUGGAAGCUGAGUCGGCUGUGCAAGUGUCAGGUGAAUCAUUGGGGCAAGUUGAAUGGGAAGCAGAAAGUGAAGCGGCUGCACACGUUCAGUGGGAAGGUGUGUCUGUCAUCGCGCCAGUGGGAUCGGAGUCUGAGGCGAUUUCAGAGACUGCAGGGGAAGGCGAAUCUGAGCGAUUGGCUGAGCGUGUGAGUGAGAUGGAGACGGAAUAUGCUGAAUUAGUUGGUGAAGGCGUAGUUGAUGAGAGGGAAGCGGAGGCGUCAGCGGAGGCGGUGGUGGCAGCUGAAGCAGAAGCUGAAGCUGAGGUGGAACUGGAAGUGGAAGCUGAGUCGGCUGUGCAAGUGUCAGGUGAAUCAUUGGGGCAAGUUGAAUGGGAAGCAGAAAGUGAAGCGGCUGCACACGUUCAGUGGGAAGGUGUGUCUGUCAUCGCGCCAGUGGGAUCGGAGUCUGAGGCGAUUUCAGAGACUGCAGGGGAAGGCGAAUCUGAGCGAUUGGCUGAGCGUGUGAGUGAGAUGGAGACGGAAUAUGCUGAAUUAGUUGGUGAAGGCGUAGUUGAUGAGAGGGAAGCGGAGGCGUCAGCGGAGGCGGUGGUGGCAGCUGAAGCAGAAGCUGAAGCUGAGGUGGAACUGGAAGUGGAAGCUGAGUCGGCUGUGCAAGUGUCAGGUGAAUCAUUGGGGCAAGUUGAAUGGGAAGCAGAAAGUGAAGCGGCUGCACACGUUCAGUGGGAAGGUGUGUCUGUCAUCGCGCCAGUGGGAUCGGAGUCUGAGGCGAUUUCAGAGACUGCAGGGGAAGGCGAAUCUGAGCGAUUGGCUGAGCGUGUGAGUGAGAUGGAGACGGAAUAUGCUGAAUUAGUUGGUGAAGGCGUAGUUGAUGAGAGGGAAGCGGAGGCGUCAGCGGAGGCGGUGGUGGCAGCUGAAGCAGAAGCUGAAGCUGAGGUGGAACUGGAAGUGGAAGCUGAGUCGGCUGUGCAAGUGUCAGGUGAAUCAUUGGGGCAAGUUGAAUGGGAAGCAGAAAGUGAAGCGGCUGCACACGUUCAGUGGGAAGGUGUGUCUGUCAUCGCGCCAGUGGGAUCGGAGUCUGAGGCGAUUUCAGAGACUGCAGGGGAAGGCGAAUCUGAGCGAUUGGCUGAGCGUGUGAGUGAGAUGGAGACGGAAUAUGCUGAAUUAGUUGGUGAAGGCGUAGUUGAUGAGAGGGAAGUGGAGGCGUCAGCGGAGGCGGUGGUGGCAGCUGAAGCAGAAGCUGAAGCUGAGGUGGAACUGGAAGUGGAAGCUGAGUCGGCUGUGCAAGUGUCAGGUGAAUCAUUGGGGCAAGUUGAAUGGGAAGCAGAAAGUGAAGCGGCUGCACACGUUCAGUGGGAAGGUGUGUCUGUCAUCGCGCCAGUGGGAUCGGAGUCUGAGGCGAUUUCAGAGACUGCAGGGGAAGGCGAAUCUGAGCGAUUGGCUGAGCGUGUGAGUGAGAUGGAGACGGAAUAUGCUGAAUUAGUUGGUGAAGGCGUAGUUGAUGAGAGGGAAGCGGAGGCGUCAGCGGAGGCGGUGGUGGCAGCUGAAGCAGAAGCUGAAGCUGAGGUGGAACUGGAAGUGGAAGCUGAGUCGGCUGUGCAAGUGUCAGGUGAAUCAUUGGGGCAAGUUGAAUGGGAAGCAGAAAGUGAAGCGGCUGCACACGUUCAGUGGGAAGGUGUGUCUGUCAUCGCGCCAGUGGGAUCGGAGUCUGAGGCGAUUUCAGAGACUGCAGGGGAAGGCGAAUCUGAGCGAUUGGCUGAGCGUGUGAGUGAGAUGGAGACGGAAUAUGCUGAAUUAGUUGGUGAAGGCGUAGUUGAUGAGAGGGAAGUGGAGGCGUCAGCGGAGGCGGUGGUGGCAGCUGAAGCAGAAGCUGAAGCUGAGGUGGAACUGGAAGUGGAAGCUGAGUCGGCUGUGCAAGUGUCAGGUGAAUCAUUGGGGCAAGUUGAAUGGGAAGCAGAAAGUGAAGCGGCUGCACACGUUCAGUGGGAAGGUGUGUCUGUCAUCGCGCCAGUGGGAUCGGAGUCUGAGGCGAUUUCAGAGACUGCAGGGGAAGGCGAAUCUGAGCGAUUGGCUGAGCGUGUGAGUGAGAUGGAGACGGAAUAUGCUGAAUUAGUUGGUGAAGGCGUAGUUGAUGAGAGGGAAGCGGAGGCGUCAGCGGAGGCGGUGGUGGCAGCUGAAGCAGAAGCUGAAGCUGAGGUGGAACUGGAAGUGGAAGCUGAGUCGGCUGUGCAAGUGUCAGGUGAAUCAUUGGGGCAAGUUGAAUGGGAAGCAGAAAGUGAAGCGGCUGCACACGUUCAGUGGGAAGGUGUGUCUGUCAUCGCGCCAGUGGGAUCGGAGUCUGAGGCGAUUUCAGAGACUGCAGGGGAAGGCGAAUCUGAGCGAUUGGCUGAGCGUGUGAGUGAGAUGGAGACGGAAUAUGCUGAAUUAGUUGGUGAAGGCGUAGUUGAUGAGAGGGAAGCGGAGGCGUCAGCGGAGGCGGUGGUGGCAGCUGAAGCAGAAGCUGAAGCUGAGGUGGAACUGGAAGUGGAAGCUGAGUCGGCUGUGCAAGUGUCAGGUGAAUCAUUGGGGCAAGUUGAAUGGGAAGCAGAAAGUGAAGCGGCUGCACACGUUCAGUGGGAAGGUGUGUCUGUCAUCGCGCCAGUGGGAUCGGAGUCUGAGGCGAUUUCAGAGACUGCAGGGGAAGGCGAAUCUGAGCGAUUGGCUGAGCGUGUGAGUGAGAUGGAGACGGAAUAUGCUGAAUUAGUUGGUGAAGGCGUAGUUGAUGAGAGGGAAGCGGAGGCGUCAGCGGAGGCGGUGGUGGCAGCUGAAGCAGAAGCUGAAGCUGAGGUGGAACUGGAAGUGGAAGCUGAGUCGGCUGUGCAAGUGUCAGGUGAAUCAUUGGGGCAAGUUGAAUGGGAAGCAGAAAGUGAAGCGGCUGCACACGUUCAGUGGGAAGGUGUGUCUGUCAUCGCGCCAGUGGGAUCGGAGUCUGAGGCGAUUUCAGAGACUGCAGGGGAAGGCGAAUCUGAGCGAUUGGCUGAGCGUGUGAGUGAGAUGGAGACGGAAUAUGCUGAAUUAGUUGGUGAAGGCGUAGUUGAUGAGAGGGAAGCGGAGGCGUCAGCGGAGGCGGUGGUGGCAGCUGAAGCAGAAGCUGAAGCUGAGGUGGAACUGGAAGUGGAAGCUGAGUCGGCUGUGCAAGUGUCAGGUGAAUCAUUGGGGCAAGUUGAAUGGGAAGCAGAAAGUGAAGCGGCUGCACACGUUCAGUGGGAAGGUGUGUCUGUCAUCGCGCCAGUGGGAUCGGAGUCUGAGGCGAUUUCAGAGACUGCAGGGGAAGGCGAAUCUGAGCGAUUGGCUGAGCGUGUGAGUGAGAUGGAGACGGAAUAUGCUGAAUUAGUUGGUGAAGGCGUAGUUGAUGAGAGGGAAGCGGAGGCGUCAGCGGAGGCGGUGGUGGCAGCUGAAGCAGAAGCUGAAGCUGAGGUGGAACUGGAAGUGGAAGCUGAGUCGGCUGUGCAAGUGUCAGGUGAAUCAUUGGGGCAAGUUGAAUGGGAAGCAGAAAGUGAAGCGGCUGCACACGUUCAGUGGGAAGGUGUGUCUGUCAUCGCGCCAGUGGGAUCGGAGUCUGAGGCGAUUUCAGAGACUGCAGGGGAAGGCGAAUCUGAGCGAUUGGCUGAGCGUGUGAGUGAGAUGGAGACGGAAUAUGCUGAAUUAGUUGGUGAAGGCGUAGUUGAUGAGAGGGAAGCGGAGGCGUCAGCGGAGGCGGUGGUGGCAGCUGAAGCAGAAGCUGAAGCUGAGGUGGAACUGGAAGUGGAAGCUGAGUCGGCUGUGCAAGUGUCAGGUGAAUCAUUGGGGCAAGUUGAAUGGGAAGCAGAAAGUGAAGCGGCUGCACACGUUCAGUGGGAAGGUGUGUCUGUCAUCGCGCCAGUGGGAUCGGAGUCUGAGGCGAUUUCAGAGACUGCAGGGGAAGGCGAAUCUGAGCGAUUGGCUGAGCGUGUGAGUGAGAUGGAGACGGAAUAUGCUGAAUUAGUUGGUGAAGGCGUAGUUGAUGAGAGGGAAGCGGAGGCGUCAGCGGAGGCGGUGGUGGCAGCUGAAGCAGAAGCUGAAGCUGAGGUGGAACUGGAAGUGGAAGCUGAGUCGGCUGUGCAAGUGUCAGGUGAAUCAUUGGGGCAAGUUGAAUGGGAAGCAGAAAGUGAAGCGGCUGCACACGUUCAGUGGGAAGGUGUGUCUGUCAUCGCGCCAGUGGGAUCGGAGUCUGAGGCGAUUUCAGAGACUGCAGGGGAAGGCGAAUCUGAGCGAUUGGCUGAGCGUGUGAGUGAGAUGGAGACGGAAUAUGCUGAAUUAGUUGGUGAAGGCGUAGUUGAUGAGAGGGAAGCGGAGGCGUCAGCGGAGGCGGUGGUGGCAGCUGAAGCAGAAGCUGAAGCUGAGGUGGAACUGGAAGUGGAAGCUGAGUCGGCUGUGCAAGUGUCAGGUGAAUCAUUGGGGCAAGUUGAAUGGGAAGCAGAAAGUGAAGCGGCUGCACACGUUCAGUGGGAAGGUGUGUCUGUCAUCGCGCCAGUGGGAUCGGAGUCUGAGGCGAUUUCAGAGACUGCAGGGGAAGGCGAAUCUGAGCGAUUGGCUGAGCGUGUGAGUGAGAUGGAGACGGAAUAUGCUGAAUUAGUUGGUGAAGGCGUAGUUGAUGAGAGGGAAGCGGAGGCGUCAGCGGAGGCGGUGGUGGCAGCUGAAGCAGAAGCUGAAGCUGAGGUGGAACUGGAAGUGGAAGCUGAGUCGGCUGUGCAAGUGUCAGGUGAAUCAUUGGGGCAAGUUGAAUGGGAAGCAGAAAGUGAAGCGGCUGCACACGUUCAGUGGGAAGGUGUGUCUGUCAUCGCGCCAGUGGGAUCGGAGUCUGAGGCGAUUUCAGAGACUGCAGGGGAAGGCGAAUCUGAGCGAUUGGCUGAGCGUGUGAGUGAGAUGGAGACGGAAUAUGCUGAAUUAGUUGGUGAAGGCGUAGUUGAUGAGAGGGAAGCGGAGGCGUCAGCGGAGGCGGUGGUGGCAGCUGAAGCAGAAGCUGAAGCUGAGGUGGAACUGGAAGUGGAAGCUGAGUCGGCUGUGCAAGUGUCAGGUGAAUCAUUGGGGCAAGUUGAAUGGGAAGCAGAAAGUGAAGCGGCUGCACACGUUCAGUGGGAAGGUGUGUCUGUCAUCGCGCCAGUGGGAUCGGAGUCUGAGGCGAUUUCAGAGACUGCAGGGGAAGGCGAAUCUGAGCGAUUGGCUGAGCGUGUGAGUGAGAUGGAGACGGAAUAUGCUGAAUUAGUUGGUGAAGGCGUAGUUGAUGAGAGGGAAGCGGAGGCGUCAGCGGAGGCGGUGGUGGCAGCUGAAGCAGAAGCUGAAGCUGAGGUGGAACUGGAAGUGGAAGCUGAGUCGGCUGUGCAAGUGUCAGGUGAAUCAUUGGGGCAAGUUGAAUGGGAAGCAGAAAGUGAAGCGGCUGCACACGUUCAGUGGGAAGGUGUGUCUGUCAUCGCGCCAGUGGGAUCGGAGUCUGAGGCGAUUUCAGAGACUGCAGGGGAAGGCGAAUCUGAGCGAUUGGCUGAGCGUGUGAGUGAGAUGGAGACGGAAUAUGCUGAAUUAGUUGGUGAAGGCGUAGUUGAUGAGAGGGAAGCGGAGGCGUCAGCGGAGGCGGUGGUGGCAGCUGAAGCAGAAGCUGAAGCUGAGGUGGAACUGGAAGUGGAAGCUGAGUCGGCUGUGCAAGUGUCAGGUGAAUCAUUGGGGCAAGUUGAAUGGGAAGCAGAAAGUGAAGCGGCUGCACACGUUCAGUGGGAAGGUGUGUCUGUCAUCGCGCCAGUGGGAUCGGAGUCUGAGGCGAUUUCAGAGACUGCAGGGGAAGGCGAAUCUGAGCGAUUGGCUGAGCGUGUGAGUGAGAUGGAGACGGAAUAUGCUGAAUUAGUUGGUGAAGGCGUAGUUGAUGAGAGGGAAGCGGAGGCGUCAGCGGAGGCGGUGGUGGCAGCUGAAGCAGAAGCUGAAGCUGAGGUGGAACUGGAAGUGGAAGCUGAGUCGGCUGUGCAAGUGUCAGGUGAAUCAUUGGGGCAAGUUGAAUGGGAAGCAGAAAGUGAAGCGGCUGCACACGUUCAGUGGGAAGGUGUGUCUGUCAUCGCGCCAGUGGGAUCGGAGUCUGAGGCGAUUUCAGAGACUGCAGGGGAAGGCGAAUCUGAGCGAUUGGCUGAGCGUGUGAGUGAGAUGGAGACGGAAUAUGCUGAAUUAGUUGGUGAAGGCGUAGUUGAUGAGAGGAAAGCGGAGGCGUCAGCGGAGGCGGUGGUGGCAGCUGAAGCAGAAGCUGAAGCUGAGGUGGAACUGGAAGUGGAAGCUGAGUCGGCUGUGCAAGUGUCAGGUGAAUCAUUGGGGCAAGUUGAAUGGGAAGCAGAAAGUGAAGCGGCUGCACACGUUCAGUGGGAAGGUGUGUCUGUCAUCGCGCCAGUGGGAUCGGAGUCUGAGGCGAUUUCAGAGACUGCAGGGGAAGGCGAAUCUGAGCGAUUGGCUGAGCGUGUGAGUGAGAUGGAGACGGAAUAUGCUGAAUUAGUUGGUGAAGGCGUAGUUGAUGAGAGGGAAGCGGAGGCGUCAGCGGAGGCGGUGGUGGCAGCUGAAGCAGAAGCUGAAGCUGAGGUGGAACUGGAAGUGGAAGCUGAGUCGGCUGUGCAAGUGUCAGGUGAAUCAUUGGGGCAAGUUGAAUGGGAAGCAGAAAGUGAAGCGGCUGCACACGUUCAGUGGGAAGGUGUGUCUGUCAUCGCGCCAGUGGGAUCGGAGUCUGAGGCGAUUUCAGAGACUGCAGGGGAAGGCGAAUCUGAGCGAUUGGCUGAGCGUGUGAGUGAGAUGGAGACGGAAUAUGCUGAAUUAGUUGGUGAAGGCGUAGUUGAUGAGAGGGAAGCGGAGGCGUCAGCGGAGGCGGUGGUGGCAGCUGAAGCAGAAGCUGAAGCUGAGGUGGAACUGGAAGUGGAAGCUGAGUCGGCUGUGCAAGUGUCAGGUGAAUCAUUGGGGCAAGUUGAAUGGGAAGCAGAAAGUGAAGCGGCUGCACACGUUCAGUGGGAAGGUGUGUCUGUCAUCGCGCCAGUGGGAUCGGAGUCUGAGGCGAUUUCAGAGACUGCAGGGGAAGGCGAAUCUGAGCGAUUGGCUGAGCGUGUGAGUGAGAUGGAGACGGAAUAUGCUGAAUUAGUUGGUGAAGGCGUAGUUGAUGAGAGGAAAGCGGAGGCGUCAGCGGAGGCGGUGGUGGCAGCUGAAGCAGAAGCUGAAGCUGAGGUGGAACUGGAAGUGGAAGCUGAGUCGGCUGUGCAAGUGUCAGGUGAAUCAUUGGGGCAAGUUGAAUGGGAAGCAGAAAGUGAAGCGGCUGCACACGUUCAGUGGGAAGGUGUGUCUGUCAUCGCGCCAGUGGGAUCGGAGUCUGAGGCGAUUUCAGAGACUGCAGGGGAAGGCGAAUCUGAGCGAUUGGCUGAGCGUGUGAGUGAGAUGGAGACGGAAUAUGCUGAAUUAGUUGGUGAAGGCGUAGUUGAUGAGAGGGAAGCGGAGGCGUCAGCGGAGGCGGUGGUGGCAGCUGAAGCAGAAGCUGAAGCUGAGGUGGAACUGGAAGUGGAAGCUGAGUCGGCUGUGCAAGUGUCAGGUGAAUCAUUGGGGCAAGUUGAAUGGGAAGCAGAAAGUGAAGCGGCUGCACACGUUCAGUGGGAAGGUGUGUCUGUCAUCGCGCCAGUGGGAUCGGAGUCUGAGGCGAUUUCAGAGACUGCAGGGGAAGGCGAAUCUGAGCGAUUGGCUGAGAGUGUGAGUGAGAUGGAGACGGAAUAUGCUGAAUUAGUUGGUGAAGGCGUAGUUGAUGAGAGGGAAGCGGAGGCGUCAGCGGAGGCGGUGGUGGCAGCUGAAGCAGAAGCUGAAGCUGAGGUGGAACUGGAAGUGGAAGCUGAGUCGGCUGUGCAAGUGUCAGGUGAAUCAUUGGGGCAAGUUGAAUGGGAAGCAGAAAGUGAAGCGGCUGCACACGUUCAGUGGGAAGGUGUGUCUGUCAUCGCGCCAGUGGGAUCGGAGUCUGAGGCGAUUUCAGAGACUGCAGGGGAAGGCGAAUCUGAGCGAUUGGCUGAGCGUGUGAGUGAGAUGGAGACGGAAUAUGCUGAAUUAGUUGGUGAAGGCGUAGUUGAUGAGAGGAAAGCGGAGGCGUCAGCGGAGGCGGUGGUGGCAGCUGAAGCAGAAGCUGAAGCUGAGGUGGAACUGGAAGUGGAAGCUGAGUCGGCUGUGCAAGUGUCAGGUGAAUCAUUGGGGCAAGUUGAAUGGGAAGCAGAAAGUGAAGCGGCUGCACACGUUCAGUGGGAAGGUGUGUCUGUCAUCGCGCCAGUGGGAUCGGAGUCUGAGGCGAUUUCAGAGACUGCAGGGGAAGGCGAAUCUGAGCGAUUGGCUGAGCGUGUGUGUGAGAUGGAGACGGAAUAUGCUGAAUUAGUUGGUGAAGGCGUAGUUGAUGAGAGGGAAGCGGAGGCGUCAGCGGAGGCGGUGGUGGCAGCUGAAGCAGAAGCUGAAGCUGAGGUGGAACUGGAAGUGGAAGCUGAGUCGGCUGUGCAAGUGUCAGGUGAAUCAUUGGGGCAAGUUGAAUGGGAAGCAGAAAGUGAAGCGGCUGCACACGUUCAGUGGGAAGGUGUGUCUGUCAUCGCGCCAGUGGGAUCGGAGUCUGAGGCGAUUUCAGAGACUGCAGGGGAAGGCGAAUCUGAGCGAUUGGCUGAGAGUGUGAGUGAGAUGGAGACGGAAUAUGCUGAAUUAGUUGGUGAAGGCGUAGUUGAUGAGAGGGAAGCGGAGGCGUCAGCGGAGGCGGUGGUGGCAGCUGAAGCAGAAGCUGAAGCUGAGGUGGAACUGGAAGUGGAAGCUGAGUCGGCUGUGCAAGUGUCAGGUGAAUCAUUGGGGCAAGUUGAAUGGGAAGCAGAAAGUGAAGCGGCUGCACACGUUCAGUGGGAAGGUGUGUCUGUCAUCGCGCCAGUGGGAUCGGAGUCUGAGGCGAUUUCAGAGACUGCAGGGGAAGGCGAAUCUGAGCGAUUGGCUGAGCGUGUGAGUGAGAUGGAGACGGAAUAUGCUGAAUUAGUUGGUGAAGGCGUAGUUGAUGAGAGGGAAGCGGAGGUGUCAGCGGAGGCGGUGGUGGCAGCUGAAGCAGAAGCUGAAGCUGAGGUGGAACUGGAAGUGGAAGCUGAGUCGGCUGUGCAAGUGUCAGGUGAAUCAUUGGGGCAAGUUGAAUGGGAAGCAGAAAGUGAAGCGGCUGCACACGUUCAGUGGGAAGGUGUGUCUGUCAUCGCGCCAGUGGGAUCGGAGUCUGAGGCGAUUUCAGAGACUGCAGGGGAAGGCGAAUCUGAGCGAUUGGCUGAGCGUGUGAGUGAGAUGGAGACGGAAUAUGCUGAAUUAGUUGGUGAAGGCGUAGUUGAUGAGAGGGAAGCGGAGGCGUCAGCGGAGGCGGUGGUGGCAGCUGAAGCAGAAGCUGAAGCUGAGGUGGAACUGGAAGUGGAAGCUGAGUCGGCUGUGCAAGUGUCAGGUGAAUCAUUGGGGCAAGUUGAAUGGGAAGCAGAAAGUGAAGCGGCUGCACACGUUCAGUGGGAAGGUGUGUCUGUCAUCGCGCCAGUGGGAUCGGAGUCUGAGGCGAUUUCAGAGACUGCAGGGGAAGGCGAAUCUGAGCGAUUGGCUGAGCGUGUGAGUGAGAUGGAGACGGAAUAUGCUGAAUUAGUUGGUGAAGGCCUAGUUGAGUUGGUAUACUCGGAAUCUGAAUUUCCUCGGGAAGCAUCUUCUUCCGCGUAUUCGGAAUUUGCAUUGCAAUAUCCUCCUGAUUCUUCAUGUUUUCCUCCCUGUCUUUCUGCUUUCGAUGAGCUUCUGUUAACUGAUUCGAAUUGUGAUAUUUUUUCUGAAGCUCCUGCUAAUUUUCCCAAUACGCUCGCUGGUGAUGUAUUCAUUUCUCAAGCGUUGCCGCCUUCCUUUGUUGGUUGUUCUUCUGUAGUGGAAUCGCCGGAUGUUUCUUCUGCUUUUGUUGAUUUUGAACUUUGUUCUGCUUCAUCAUCUUGUAUAUCUGUUCAUAACGGUUUGUCUGAGUUUUCGAAGUUUGAUUUGCAAUCUGCUCCAUCUUUAGAUUUGAAUGAUUCUGCUAGUCCACCUUGCGCUUUGCUCCUAGGUCUUAGUAGUUACCUGAAACCUGAAAAUGGCUGUGUUUUGGAUUCACCUGAUAUGUGUAGAGAAGAUGCUAUUUAUCCCGCUGAAUCCUCUGAAAUUCCUGAAAAUCUUGAUACGUUAAAUUAUCGGGAUGAUUCUCCUACAGACGUUAAAACUGAAAUUUCUACGGUGAAGGAGAUGUUUUUUGAGACUUCUUCUAUCCUGCUACCAGAAGCAUCUGUUCUUGGUGUUACUGGAUAUGAACGUAUUUCGCCUGACGAACUUGGGACAUCAAACAUAGUUCCACCCAUAUUAACCGCAAAUGCAACAUUAUCAACGCUUUCAGAAGUCAGUGGAUGUCCAGCUGAGUCCUUUUCCGAUGAACAUCUGUCAUUAUCUAACAAUGAAAUGACUACGUAUUUUGAUGGCUCUACUCCGGAGAAGCUGACAGACUUUUCAUCCGUUGCAUCUUUCCGCCUACCUGAUUAUUGUGAUGAGAAAUUUAAAGUUAGGCCAAUAUCUAAGGAAACCGCUGUUUAUGAUAAAAUUUCUCCUUCUGUUAUUGAGGCGUCUGGCUCAAGUUUUCCUCGUGAUUCUGCUCACGCUGUAACGAACUUAGAAAUGGAUAGUUUAGAAAAAUCUGUUUCUUCUGGAAAAUCUGAUUUAACAUAUCUUGCUGCUGCCUCAGGUGCUAAUGUAGCUGUAGAGUUUACAGAAGAAGAGGAAGAAGACGAGGAACCUCCUGAAGCACAUGCUUCCACAGUGAAAGUGCCUGAACAUGGUGAUGCUAGUCAACUAGUUCACUCUGCCUUAGAUAGAUCUGUUAGGGUGCUAAAUCGUCUGCAAACGUAUGGAUUUCGAGGUAGCAUUUCGCCUACAAGUUUUUAUAGUAACCAACCAAACUGGCAUUCGUCCGACACUAAAAUAACAUCUCCAUAUAAAGAAAGUAAUGAAGAAAAUGUAAAAGUUCUCUCUCAGAUACAAAGUGAUUAUCCGAGUACUUCUUCAACAAACACCGAAGUACAUAAGAUGGAAGAGUUUGGCCGUGAUGAACUUGAUGACUUUGAUGGUGACAGUCUUGAAGGCUUCUGUAUUCCAUUCGAACUGGAUAGUACAGGUGAUGAUGCAAGAAAAAUUCACACUGAUGAGCCGAAAUGCGAACGUACUGGGCUAUCUCCAAUACCUGAAACAGUCAUCGGAGAUCAGUUCUCCAACUCUGACAAGGAAUUAAAGGCUGAUUUAGAAGAUCAGCAGGACUAUCUCUCGAAAAAGGACGUACUUAGACACCAAUACGCAAUUCCUGACUUUACGGGAUCCUGUCGCUCCAUUAGUUCUAUAAGUAAUACCCUAUUCAGUUCUGAACAAGAUUUGCAGGGAAGUUCAACUCCAGAUGAAUCAAGUAAGGAAAGCCAAUCUACAAUCGUUAAUAUCGGAAAAAGAGAGGAAACAAGUGACCAACGGGAAAAAGAGAAUUUAGAUGCAUACGAAUGUGACAAUACGCAACUGCUUGAAUCUAGAACUACCUUAGCUUCCGUUGAAAGUGACCUCAACUUCGUCGAUAAUGAAACAAAAUUGGCAUGUGAUAAUACAACAUUAGAGUAUUCACCUAGUAACCUUAGAAAAAGAUCAGUUAACUCCUUAUCUAAUCUUUUAGGGUCGGAAACUAAGAUAAGAAAGGCGGAUUCGAAAACAUCUACAAAUUUUAGUAGCAUUUCAGUAUCGCAACCUAUUUAUACAACUGGAAAAAAAAUAAGUGCUGCGCAAAAUGAGUUCCAGAGGUCCAUGGAAGGACAUGCGACCAGUUUUCCACAACUUUCUCAAGAACACAAAAUAUAUACAGUUACAGAUUCAUCUAAGUUGAAAGAUAUAAAUGUUUCUAAUGUCCAGUCUAAUUUCUCAGCACCGGUUAUUGAUGAAACAAAGAAAUCAAAAACAAGCAGUGAUAAUAUCGCCAGCAGUUCAUUGUCCGAAUUUGAACGGUUAGAAAAGGAAUUAGGUACAAGCGACUCUACCUCUCCUAGUAGUGGUCAUAAAGGCAGUGGUGAAGAUAUCAGUUCUCAUACAUCUUCACUUUCUGAGUAUCUGAGGCAUGAAAAGGAAUGUGAGAAUUGUGAAGAUAACUUCGUAUUACCAUCAGAUUCAAUAAUUAAGUCAAGAUUAAAUGAAAUGAUGGAUUUAAACACUAAAGUGAAAGCAGAAGUGUUACCUACAAGUUUAAUAGCUCCAAGCUAUGGACAGAUAUCAACCAUUUAUGAAGAUCUUGCAGAACACCACACAAGUUCACUAUCACAAAGCAUAGAAUCACCCACAACUUCACAUUAUUCAACCAAAGAGGAUAACCAAACUUCAUUUAUGAACUUAUGUCAAAAAGAUGAAAACAAAUCACAUACAAUAUGUUCUGAUGCUGUAGUUUCAGUUAUUCAUUCAAGAAUGUCCAGUGAUCGUUUAGACGUUGAGAAAAUUGCUGAAAGUUUAACUUCCAGUUCAGAAAUCGAAAUUUUGAUAGACAGAGCAGAUGACCAAAUGAGUGGAUUGCUAGAAGCCGACUCAUUAAUUUAUUCUUCAAUCUACGAUUCUUUAAUACCUUCUGGUUAUGAAAACAGUAUUUUUGAGGUAAAAAAUGCGAUGUUUGGAACAGAUUAUGAUUGGAGAGACCCGUUAUUACGUGGAAGAGACUCAUUAGAAGAGAGUGAGCAUGGACAAAUUAAUAAAGUGACAGAUUCCCUCUGUACCACAUCAUCAUCAGCUUUUUCAAACCAGAUGAGUACAAAUGGAACAGAGCAAUCAGAAAAUGAUGAUCAAGGCAUAACAGAGUUUGAUUCUGCACACAUUGAUAUCUUACAUCAACAAUAUUUCGAAACUAUUGACGAAAAAGAACUUUGUAAUCUACCUUUAGAUGAAACAUCUCUUGCUGAAAAUGUGACUUCAACAACUCCCUUAGAACUACCUGAGUCAAUACGCCCUAUUGGGCAAAAGGAUUCCAGUGAACCAGUGUCCCGAGUUGCGAAGGAUGAAAUGCCUAGUGCGCUCACUUCUGUAAAUAUAAUGACUGACUCAUUAGAUGAUGGCAAUAAAGCAAUAGAUCGAAUAAAUGUCACACUUUCUCCAACUUUAUAUUCAGUACCACCUGCAUACAGCAUUUUCGAAGUGUCUUCACAUCCAACAAUUACAACACAAAGUAGAUAUGAUUUGAAACCUAACUUAUUAGUCCACGAACCUAAAACAAAUAUAUCUUCACCAGUAGUAAUAACCCCUGAAGCUGAACAUUUUUCGGUUGUAGGUGAAGUCAGGGCACCUAACACAUCUAAGGUAUUUGCUCCGUCAUCAGUCAACGACUCUAAGAUGGGUUCGAAUCAUGAAACAAGCAUAUUUGAUAUCUCUGAAGAUGAAGUUGUUGUAGAAAAUAAACGCGUCUGUGAUAUAAAAAGACAACCAAUGAGCAAACGUCUUCAACAAGACAACACCAUAAAAGAAAACGUUUCAAUGGUUAUUCAAGAACAAGAAGCAAAAGAGGGUGUAAAAUCAGAGAAAUCGCAGGUGCAUGCAAAGCUCUUGAAUGAAGAAUUGACAGGAUCGCCAGCAAAUGAAGCUCCCGCAGAUUCAGAAUAUGUAAUAAUAGAUAUAAUGGAUGCAAAAGACCUAUCAUUCUUCAAGCGUGAUGAAGACGUAAGCAAUCUAAGAGAUCAUGAUUCCUGUGCAAUUCUUUGUGCUUCAAAACCGUGUAUGUUCCAUACUCUUCAAUAUCUUCUAAUGUGGUGA